AUCAUUCAACGCUUUUCACUUUCAGACAAAACCUAAAAAUCCUCUAUCGGAAAUACAGCAAUUCAAAUCGGAGAUGACGACGGCGACCACUAACGGCACCACCACCACCACCACCGCUAUCAAAAACCCUAAGAAGACCAAUCUCUUAGAUCACAACUCCAUCAAACACCUACUCGAUGAAACUGUCACUGAGAUCGUGACGAGCCGUGGUUACAAGGAAGAUGUGAGGAUGAGUAACGUUAGGUUGUUGAUCGGAGCUAUUAUUAUCGUUAUCGCUCUCUUUGCUCAGUUUUACAACAAAAAGUUUCCGGAGAAUAGGAAUUUUUUGAUUGGAUGCAUCGUGUUGUAUGUGCUGUUCAAUGGGAUAUUGCAGCUGAUUGUCUACACUAAGGAGAAGAAUGCAUUUUUGUUUACAUAUCCUCCUGCUGGCUCAGCUUAUAACAGCACUGGCUUGAUGGUAUCUUCUAAGUUGCCCAGAUUCUCUGACAUGUAUACCCUCACGAUAGCCAGCGCUGAUCCUAAAUCUAUUUCGGCAAAGCCAACUGUGGAGUUUACCAAAAGCGUCACGAAAUGGUUCGCAAAGGAUGGUGUGUUGGUGGAAGGGUUGUUCUGGAAAGACGUGGAGAGCCUAAUAAAUGACUAUGCUAACGAGAAAAAGAGGAAGUGAAAAAUCAACUUCAUAAAAAAAUAAUUGUGAUUGAUAGGAGGAUGACAUAUGCGACAUUAAAAACUUGUAGAGGUAUUUUACCAAAUUGAUUUCAAUCACAACGUAUAAGAUUAGCGUGUUACUCCUAUUGCCAAUUGAUUUAGAAUGAAUCCCCAUUUAGACUUA